AGACAGAUCUGAGCUCUUAGGCCUGGUCCUCCCCCAGAGUGCUUCCGAGGAGGUCUGCUCGAUGAUUGGCUACAGAUAAUUGGUACAGACGUCCGCGGAUUGGUUGCCUUCAGCGGGCGGGCUGAGCAACUGGAGAGGGAAGCAGUUGAGCCAAGAUGGCGGCUGCCGAGGGUCCUGUGGCUGAUGGUGAGCUGUGGCAGACCUGGCUUCCUAACCACGUCGUCUUCUUGCGGCUCCGGGAGGGCCUGAAAAGCCAGAGUCCAAGCGAAGUUGAGAAGGCAUCGCCUUCAUCCUCGUCCACGCUACCGCCUCAGCCACCGCAGUUACUGACGAGAAACCUGGUGUUCGGCCUCGGAGGCGAGCUCUUCCUGUGGGACGCCCAAGACAGCUCCUUCUUGGUGGUUCGUCUUCGGGGACUCGGCGGCGGCCGGGAAGAACCGCCCCUCUCCCAGUACCAGAGGUUGCUUUGCAUAAAUCCACCCCUCUUUGAAAUUUAUCAAGUCUUGUUAAGUCCAACACAACAUCAUGUAGCACUUAUAGGAAUAAAAGGACUUAUGGUAUUGGAAUUACCUAAAAGAUGGGGGAAGAAUUCUGAAUUCGAAGGCGGAAAAACAACAGUGAAUUGUAGUAUCACUCCAGUUGCUGAAAGAUUUUUCACUAGUUCUACCUCUCUGACUCUGAAGCAUGCUGCCUGGUAUCCAAGUGAAAUACUAGAUCCCCACAUAGUAUUGUUAACAUCAGACAAUGUAAUAAGAAUUUACUCUCUACGUGAGCCCCAGACACCCACUAAGGUGAUUGUACUUUCAGAGACUGAAGAGGAAAGUUUAAUACUCAAUAAAGGAAGGGCAUAUACAGCAUCUCUAGGAGAAACAGCAGUUGCAUUUGACUUUGGGCCAUUGACAGCAGUCCCAAAGAAUAUAUUUGGACAAAAAGGCAAAGAUGAAGUAGUGGCAUACCCUCUGUAUAUCUUAUAUGAGAAUGGGGAGACCUUCCUUACCUAUGUGAGUCUGUUACACAGCCCUGGGAAUAUCGGAAAGCUGCUGGGCCCGUUGCCUAUGCAUCCUGCAGCUGAAGACAACUACGGUUAUGAUGCUUGUGCUAUACUCUGCUUACCCUGUGUUCCCAACAUCUUGGUGAUCGCAACAGAAUCAGGAAUGCUAUAUCAUUGUGUUGUGCUCGAGGGGGAAGAAGAUGAUGAUCAAACAUCAGAAAAGUCCUGGGAUUCUAGGGUUGACCUCAUUCCUUCUCUGUAUGUAUUUGAAUGUGUUGAGCUGGAGCUUGCCCUGAAACUGGCAUCUGGAGAGGAUGAUCCCUUUGGUUCUGACUUUUCUUGUCCAAUUGAACUUCACAGAGAUCCCAAGUGUCCUUCACGAUAUCAUUGUACUCAUGAAGCCGGUGUACACAGCGUUGGGCUAACUUGGAUUCAUAAACUUCACAAGUUUCUUGGAUCAGAUGAAGAAGAUAAGGAUAGUUUACAAGAACUUGCUGCAGAGCAGAAAUGUUUUGUAGAGCAUAUUCUUUGUACAAAGCCACUGCCAUGCAGGCAGCCAGCUCCAAUUCGAGGAUUCUGGAUUGUCCCAGACAUACUGGGUCCCACAAUGAUCUGCAUCACCAGCACCUAUGAAUGCCUCACAAGGCCGUUAUUAAGUGCAGUCCAUCCAGCAUCUCCUCCCCUGUUAUGUACCCGAGAAGAUGUUGAAGUGGCAGAGUCUCCGCUUCGGAUUCUGGCUGAAACGCCAGAUUCUUUUGAAAAGCAUAUUAGAAACAUUCUGCAACGUAGUGUGGCCAACCCAGCAUUUCUGAAAUCUUCUGAAAAGGAUUUGGCUCCUCCUCCUGAAGAAUGUCUUCAGCUUAUCAGCAGAGCCACCCAGGUGUUCAGAGAACAGUACAUUCUUAAGCAGGACCUGACCAUGGAUGAGAUUCAACGCAGGGUCAAGUUAUUAUGUGACCAAAAAAGGAAACAACUAGAUGAUCUUAAUUAUUGUCGAGAGGAGAGGAAAAGCUUGCGGGAAAUGGCUGAACGAUUAGCUGACAAAUAUGAAGAAGCCAAAGAAAAACAAGAAGAUAUCAUGAACAGGAUGAAAAAGGUGCUUCACAGUUUUCACUCUCAGCUCCCAGUUCUCUCUGACAGUGAGAGAGACAUGAAGAAAGAAUUACAAUUGAUACCUGAUCAACUUCGACAUUUGAGCAAUGCCAUCAAACAGGUGACUAUGAAAAAAGAUUAUCAGCAGCGAAAGAUGGAAAAAUUGCUGAGUCCUCAGAAACCCACCAUUACUCUCAGUGCCUAUCAGAGAAAAUGCAUUCAGUCCAUCCUGAAGGAGGAGGGUGAACACAUAAGGGAAAUGGUGAAGCAAAUCAAUGAUAUCCGGAAUCAUAUAAACUUCUGAUAGCACCAGGAACAGAUUCACACCUGAUAUUAACACAACAGGCUUCAUUAAACCUGUAUCAUAAAAUAAAAAGGUAGCCUUCCUAAUUUAUAAAGAAUCAUUUUGGACAAA